GCAGAGCGGCUGUUGCUGCUUGCUUCUGCUGCUGCUGUUGCUGCUGUUGGCUGCUGUUGGAGCCACGACCAGGGCACAACAGCUCAGUCCCUUAGAACACUGAGAUCUGAGAAGGAGGGGAAGGCGGCUGCUUAGGUUUGCGCUAGAGCUCCUUUCACCUUUCCAACAGAUACAGACACAGGAACUUUUAAUAUUGUCCCCUGGUCCCAGACACACGCCCACGGUGUCCUGCACUCCAGCCCAGAGCCGCACGGGGCAGUCAGACAGCUGGUCCUCCCUAAAGGCGAUGCUUACAGGGAUCCUAGCUCCUGCGCUGGGAAGGAGGGAGUAGGACCCAGCAGGAGAGCAAGGAAGCUGCUGGUUAGAGCCAACAGCGGUGGCCGCGGUGCGGGAGGUCCUCGCCUUUCCUCCACUGGACACCUGCUGCAGAAGCCUCGCCACGAUGAUCCGCAUCGCCUCGCUGUUGCUGGGAGCUGCGCUACUCUGCGCCCAGGGAGCCUUUGCCCGAAGGGUGGUCAGCGGUCAAAAGGUGUGUUUUUCUGAUGUGAAACAUCCCUGCUACAAAAUGGCCUACUUCCAUGAACUGUCUAGCCGGGUGAGCUUCCAGGAAGCACGGCUGGCCUGUGAAAGUGAAGGAGGUGUCCUUCUCAGUCUUGAGAAUGAAGCUGAACAGAAGUUAAUAGAGAGCAUGUUGCAGAACCUGACAAAACCGGGAACAGGUAUUUCAGAUGGUGACUUCUGGAUAGGACUUUUGAGAAGUGGAGAUGGCCAAACAUCGGGAGCCUGCCCAGAUCUCUACCAGUGGUCUGAUGGAAGCAGCUCCCAGUUCAGGAACUGGUACACUGAUGAACCUUCUUGUGGAAGUGAAAAAUGUGUAGUCAUGUAUCAUCAACCAACUGCCAAUCCUGGCCUAGGAGGUCCCUACCUUUACCAGUGGAAUGACGACAGGUGCAACAUGAAGCACAAUUACAUCUGCAAGUAUGAACCAGAGAUUCAUCCAACAGACCCUGUUGAAAAGCCGUAUCUUACAAACAAACCUGAAGACACCCCUGAGGAUGUGGUUGUUACUGAAGCAGGCAUAAUUCCCAAUCUAAUCUAUGUUAUUAUACCAACGAUUCCACUGCUCUUACUGAUACUGGUUGCUUUCGGAACCUGCUGUUUCCAGAUGUUGCAUAGAAGGAAAGCAAGGAGAAACUUCAUCAAAGACUCCACUCCAUUAUCAUCUGAGUGCCUUGCUGAAAGUUUAAAUUCCAAUCUGUAAAGGAAGAACAAAAACUAGCCCGAACCAGUCUACACUAUGGAUUUCAAAAAGCACGAGGAAGGAAAGUGGCAUGGAGGUAUAAUAAUGAACUGACAUUGUUCUGGAAAAUAAAAAUAGUUUUGUAAUUCUUGAUCAGUGUAAGGAAUGGCAUCAUUACUUUGGAAUGGCUUAAAUCUCAAAGGAUCUGCAAGAUGAACUGUAAGCUCCCCCUUGAGGCAAAUGUCAAAAUAAUUUUUAUAUGUUCAAAGUUUCACUUACAAAAUAUGCUGAGUGAGACCUGCUUACUCUCCUAAAGGAUACACCCAAACUUUAUGUAAAUGAAAUGGACCGUGCAGAUGCAAUUUUUGUGGACAAAUCUGGAAUACCUGUGUUGGGAGCAGUUACUCUUGCUUUUUUUUUCAUCUUCAUAAAUUUUGAUCUACUUCAUGUAAUAUAAGUUGUAUUCCAAUUUACAGUGUGCAAAACAUUUACCUUUGCAAAAGUGUUUGAUGAAAAUAGAGUGUUCUGAUAUUUAUAUUUAUGGCAUUUGAUUUUUACAUAUAUGCUGCUUUCAUUAAAAUUGAAUUCACACAGAUAUAAAGAAAUCUUUCCAUAGGGAAAACAUUUCUUUUGUAGGAUAGUUUAUGUUCUUUCUGUUUCUUUGCUUUGGGUUCAAUAAAGUUUAGGAAGUCUCUUCAGAAAUAAGAAACUAUUUCCUUGACUGUGCUAUAAAUAUGCUGAAAUACUUUACUUAGAGGCAAGAACUGUCUAACUUCAAUUGUGCAAGACACGUGCCUUACAAUUAUUCUUAAUUUAAAAUUAAACAGAUUUUUGUAAUAAAGUAUCUUUAUUAAUACUUGUAUAGACACCAAUAUAGUUAACCUUGAAAAAAUUGUCAUCCCGCAGUACAAAUCACAGGUCUUCACAUGUUGCCUAUAGAAUUGCAAAAAGCUCCCAGAGUGCCAGGAAUCAAUGUGGCUCCUCCCUGUCAAUCAAACAGGAUGACUAUUGGAAGGCUUUGGAGUCAGACAGCUGCUGUUUGGCUGAGGUUUUCCUAACUGAAUUUAGUCUGUAUAAUAUACAAAGUGCAACGGUUUCCGGCAGUGUGAUGCUAAACAGAACACACUGAUUAAGAAAAGAAGAAGAAGAAAAACAAAACUACAAAUCACAUCAGUUAACGGGCCAUGGACUAGAGGUCACUGAUGUUUGCUUAUCUUUGAUGAGUGUUGUUUGUUAUUGUGAACUGUGGCUUCCUUCUGUCUGAUGGAGUUUCCUCAACAUGUAGUGUUUGUUCUUCUCAAGAGAGUUGUAACUAUUUUGUCUUCAAAUGUCCCUGUGUCACUUUUAGCCAAAUAAAGAGUUCUUGUUUCUGAAGAAUGAU